AUGUUACCUAAUGAACUAUUUAAUGAUCCUGAUAUAUUCUAUCUUUAUCAACAAUUCAUAUACAAAACAAUAAUCUUUGAAUCUGUCAGUAAAGUAUUGCCUGAUUAUGAAGAAGAUCAAAGUGUUCUUAAAAAUGAUGGACUUGAUUAUCCAAGUUUAUCAAUGAAAUAUAGCUGUACAACAAAUCGGUUAACUAUGAAAAUUGAUUGGGUAUCAACGUCAGGCAGUUUUUCAUUGGCAACAAUGAAAGUGAAAUUACACUCACAACCACCACCAACAACAACAUACUAUUAUUGGAAAAAAAAUGUACAAGAAAUUCAUAAAUUUCAACAGAAAGCAAAACCUGAUGAAAAUGAACGAUUAAGUGAUGUCUUAUCAUUAAUUCCAAACCAGAGAUGGACGAGCCGCGACUUCACACCUAUUAAAAUUGGAAUUAAUGGAUUUGAUCUUCUUGGUCAACAUAUAUUUCGAUGUGCACUUGAAAAAGGUAUUCAAGUAGUCGCUAUCAAUGGUUAG